UUUUAUUGUUUACUAGGAAUGAUUUUUUUGUGAAAAGCGGGUUAUUGCAAUUAUUGAUCUUUAAGUGAAUUGGUUAGAAUUUCGGUAAUGGUAAUGAAUAUUCUCGCGGUAAUUGGCGCAAGUCUUCUGUUGUGUUUAAGAAAGCCACUUAUUAAGCAAAGUGUUGUAAAAAAAACAACCGAAAAGAGUAACUUCCUAAAUUAUCAACUAAAACUGCAAAAUCGUGUAUCGAUGCUAUCAAUGGCCUCGCUAACGCUGUUACAACGACACGCACAAACUCAACAUUCUUCAUUGGAUGAGGAAAAUAUAGUAUUGUGUAAAGCAUCAUUUACAUUACCCGCAAAAGCAGUUUUAGAGGAGGUUUUAGUGAAUAACGUUGAAAGUCAACGUUCGACCUAUGCAGGCCGAAAGUCCCAGGAGAAUGUCAUUGAGAAGGUCAUUGACCCUUGCACUACGCUAACAAUAGAACCUGCAUCACCGCAGUGCGUCUGGUUUUAUGAAGUUCAGUUGCCAGCGUCUGAAAAUGAGAAGACUUAAAUUCAACUACAGUUAAAGAUCAAAUUCAGACCUAGUUCCUUUUAAUCAUUCGACGCUAUAGCCAAGAACUUGAACUCAAAAGUUGAGAAAUUAUGUAAAUGUUUCUAUCGCUAUACGUGGCGCGCCUGCAUUGUGGGCUUAGUUUCACGACCUGAUGAUUCACAGUUUUAAUGAGAAGCAGAGAAGAAGUGCUUUCUAAAGAGCACCCCACCAUUUGUGAAGUGCCAUAAUGAGACUAUGGGUGCGGACCCAUAAUUCCGCGGAGAAGCCGAUGGCUACCUAACACGCAAUAUCCAAAUUCAAUAUCGUGGCGAUUUGUAAAUAAUCAUAGUCAUUACACUACUACUACCCAUAUCUGUAAAGAGCACGGAUAAAAGCUAAGAAGAAGUUCCUUUCGGUCCCCAACAAAAAUGACAAUUUGCACACUCUUUCUUAAGAGGGCGGAGCAUGAUAGAUUUUAAAUGUCUGCGGGGAUAAGUGGAGACAGCCCGCAGCGAUCCUCUUAAUGUUGUUAUUGCUUCUUAGAUCUGUAACCAUGCUAAUAUCCUCAUACGCUGAACUCUCCCGCUGCCGAGGAAAACAAAUAUGUAGAAAGGUUUCAAUACGAACCGUUUAUCAAUCGUGGUGAAAGAAAAACUUAUGCUGAUACAAAACUAUUUACACCGCUUGUCAAGGCAACAAUCAAUUUGAAGGUGUCUGUUCUUCGCUUUGACCGUCUAUUAGUCUAUCUGACUUUACGCUUAUUUACCGACGAACUUUUUCGCCGCAGUAAGUUGAAAUAUAAUUUCUAUCCCUGCUCAAAACAUAUUUUUUUACCCGCAACCGACGGAUGACGAUGAAUUUGACUUUAACUGUUUAGAAAUUGUUUAUUUAGUACAAUUUAUUUAUUUUGGUGCCGUCAAAGUUCUAUGGGUUGAGAUGUAACUGAGAUGCUUUGCCGCUUUCUUACGCUACAUCGCCGAUUCUUUUACAACUUCAAUUAAUAUGAAGCAUUUUUCCUCCCUAUAUCUUGAUUUUGCGCUACGAUACACAAAACUAAACUUUUUCAAAACUGAACGAGAAACUUUGUGAUAUGAUGCUUUUCAUGAUCAAAAUAUCUGUAGCGAUGUUUUAGAAGAACUUAAAAUAUAUGUUGAUCUUUUGCCUCAACUCUCUACGAUUUACGGGAGAUAUUUCUGCCGGUUUGUCUGAAUAUGUGAAAAUACACAAAAUAUACAAAAAUAAAGAAAAAAUAAGAAAAUAAAAAGAACAAAAUUCGUGCAUAAACAAACACAGAAGAAAGAAAAAAAAGAAGCAUGCACACAUGUAGUACAAAGGCACAAUCAUAACUGGCAUAAAUCCUGGUUAUGGGUGAACCCCUAAGCCAUUGCAAACAUGCAAAACCUUGACAACCAACAAUUUUAAAAAAGUGUAGUUGAAUUUUCGAAUCUUAUGAAGAUAUUGAAAUUAGAAGCUAAUCUAAAUACGACAUAGAAAGAAGCGCGCGUAUUUAGGAGAAUUGAUUCAAUAGUUUUUAAUAAUUUCGACAUUAAGAUAGAUAUCAUUUAUAAUUUAGAGUAGGACUCCAAAAGGAUUGAAAAACUCAUCAUCACAUCUACAGUGCUUAAGCUUUAUGAAGGCAAAGCUCCUAGAGAAAUUGCUCGUGACAUUGAAGGGUAUAUUUCUAAGUAAGGUCGGCGUAUCGAUAGUAUUAACUUAAUUAAGAAGGAAACACCGGGAAUAAAUCUACGUUUUUUAAGUGACGGCAAGACUAGGCUAAGCAAUCUAUUUUGGUAAGGAGCCAAAGGGACAAGCCCAUUCAACCCAAAUCCCUAAGGACAAAGACCAGAAAUUGUUUUCGAACGGAUUCUAUUGAAUUUACAUAGCGCCUGUGAAGCCAUGCUUAAAUGGGGAAAUAUACGAUUUGAUAGCGAAAUGUAUUUGCUGAGUAACAAUUCGUUUAAACAAUUUAGAGAAGACACUCAGUUUGGCGUCUAUAUUUCUCGACCAGAUAUCUGCUUCCACCUUUGUGAUUUGGAAUAAAGAAUGUGCUCUUUCAAAAGGAAGAGCACCCGUUUUCAAAGAAAGACUAAAAAAUGCUUGAGAUAAACUCGUCCUUUCUAGAUGGUACGUUCUUUAGGGUGCUUUCCGACUUUUAUCAAUCUGAUGAUGAGAAUGAUGUCGCUCCAGGCGUCCCACAAAAGAAUCACUUGGGACCUAUGAAUAAAGCUAGAUCAGUGCUAGGCUUCACCAAACGCUGUUGGAGGGAAUUUGACGACCCAUAUGUGACGGGAACACUAUACGUGAGCUAAGUACGCCCUACAUUGGAAUACGCAUCGAUGAUACGUUCACCGUCGUAUCGUAUUGAAUCUUUGUUCUUCUACGCUAAGAAAAUUGUGUUGGAAUCCAAGUGUCCCCCUAUCUCCUUGCGUAAAUAGAUUGCUACUUAUAUCCUUACCGUUACCUUAGGAACGUAAGAUGGUGUUGGGCAUUGUUUUCAUGGUAAAGUUAAUUAAUCGUGCCAUUGACUUGCUGUUUUUGUUAAGUACGAUUUUAACGCUUCUUUCCGUCCGACGAGGAACUUCUUAAAAGUCUCUGCAGCAACGUAAAUGAGGUUGAUAACCUAAUUUCCUUAUCGGAUUCUGCUGCUUUCAUUUGAUGAUCAUGCACUGCCGAUGUCUUAUCUAAACUAAUUGUUAAGUUCUAUUAUUCUGAAUGCUAAUGUGGAGUUUGAUGAGUAAUAGAUAGACACGUAGUUUAUUUUCUUAUAGGUUUGCAUUAACUGUCGGUUGUUUUAACACUUCUUCUGCUUGUAUUGUAAUAAGGUUAAGCUUUCAAGUAUGUAUGAAAUGCACAGUUCGGCUGAAUUUUCGCUGUAAUUGAAUUCUGACACAUGAUGGAAUGCCAUUAAGCACAGUCGCACAAUUAUAUAUAAGUGAAUUUAAAGCUUGUAAGACAUCUCUAUGUGGAAUGACUACAUACGGAAUGGAGAUUGAAUUUGUGGUUUGAUAUUGGUAAUUAUCACUUAAAUUAGAACCAGCAAUAGAGAAACUUCGACGAAAGAGAUUCGAGGUUUUAGUAUCACCAGAGCUCGUUUUUCUUAUUUUUAAAGUAUUUAAUUACUUUAUUGAAGCGUGGCGAGUAUAUACCUUGGUCCGAUUGUCUGACGGGAACGAACGCAAGAUAGUUGGGCCUAAUACAUUAUAGAACGAGGAUAUUAGGGUUUCCAUAUUUCCGGCAUCAACAUCGUAAGGUGUGAAAGGUGAUAUUUCAGUGUGUGCAAUAUUUGCUUCAUUGAAAUCACAUUGUACAUUUUGACAUUGCUUGUGUUUCUCUAAUAAAGAAACUGGUGUAAGUAUUUUCAUACUAAAGAAAUUGGUGGGGUGCGUUAUUCGUUUGCAACAUUCAUGAAAAAAUGUACGUACAUAUGCAUCGUUCGUAGGCAUAAAAUUCUAAGUUAAUUUAGUUGCGAUUGUCCAUUUAUCCAAAAUCAAACUAAUUUGUAUCAGCACCUAACAAACGAGUAAAAAAUAGUGCGCACUUGAGGCGUGGACGUAAGAAAAACAAUUUAAGCUCGUCCUAACAAAACACUGCCAUGAUAUAAUAUUUGCAAACAGAGAAUUAAUAAAAUACUAUUUUUGCCGAAAUAUUUGAACUUUAGAAACUAAGAAUUAGUGCAUACAUAUGUGCAUUCAGCUUUGCUUAGCUAAAUCUAGGAAAAGUCAUUAGGAACGACCGUAGUAGUAGUAGCAUACAGAACGCAUUGCAACGUGAAGUGCGAGUUGUCAGAAUCUAACAGCUUUGCCGGAUUUUCAAGUAAUUGGUAGCACAAAAUCAAGAGAAAACAAAUAAGAAUAUUCAAGUGGGUCAUAACAUACUCCAUAGCACAGUAACGACUUCAAAAUAACACGCAUAAUAUCCCGAUCCAAUCCAAUUUCAAUAGAAUUCGCGUUUGAACCAAAACAAGCGCAAAAUAUCUCAAAAAUUAAGAAAUAUAGCUUGAACCAAAAAGUCGGAUGGCCAGACAAAAAGGCAAGAUCAGAGUCGCUAUCUGAAUCAUUCGAUCAAACAAAAGAUGGAACUAUCUCAAGUCAUGUCCUUGUAUCAUAACCGGUAUAAGGUACAAAAAAAAAAAACAGGCGAACUUGAAAUGACAACGUUCCACAAAUGCGUUUGUUGGAUGACAUGAAUCAUUCCAAAGAAAAUGAAAAAAUUCAAAUUCCCUUCAAGUCAGAGCCGAGAUAUUCACUUUAUCAGUGGAAACGCGCUUGGUUGUUUAAGGAAAAUGUAGUCUAAGUAAUUUAAUAACUAAAAAAUGAUGGCGAAGGUGAAGGCUUCCAACAUGAUAUAUCUCGCGUGGCUGUGCGAGGACUGAUGAGUACUAAUACGAUGAGGAUAAAUUGUAGUAAACCUGAUACCAUACAGAAGAUAUGAUAUAGGUUGGAUUAGGUCUUUGGAAAGGUAUUUAAUACCCAGAAUUACUUAAAACAGAACCAUUUUUCUAGAUCGCUUUUUGAAAAACAAUGACAUAUAUAUGGAAGCAUAAAACAUGGUCCAAAAUAGUGUGAUUCGAAUAAUGGGCAGUUAGCUGACGAUAAACGAAAAGAUCAUUCAUCAAGUAAGUAAAUAGUACAUUUGGAGUCUUAAGAAAAAAUAAACUUUGCCAAAUCAGUGCCAAUUUGAUGUUCAAUUUUGAAAACGGGGUAAAAUAUGUUAAAUCUCCGUAAGGAAAAAAAACAAAACAAAUUAAAAUUGGAAGCAAAACUGAGCAAAAGAGUUGGCGAAAUUGUGAGUGGAAUGAAAAAAAAAAUCGCAAUCAGGCAUCACACCAACAACUCAAAGCUAUGCAUAUCGAACUGAAGUGAUCGCGUGGUUGAGCCACUUAUUCCCUUGCAGUUUGGGACGAUAUGCGGACAAUAGAAGUAGGAGCCUAUUAAGUGCCAUACAUCAUCUUACCGUAAACAAUGAUGGAUACUUUAUUCUGUCGAAAGAAACAAAACUGUGGCAACAGGAGGCCUAGUGAUGGUGCGUCAGAUAUGCCACUGGCAUGGCAUGUACCACAACAUUAGCUGAGUUGUACGGAAAUGUACGUCACGUUUAGAGUAUAACGUAGAGCAACGUAAACCCGCAGCAGAAAUGUUCACGGAACUCCCAAAGAAGCUGUGGAUGACUAUAUGUUCCGAAUUUUUAGGCCCUAUUCUAGUGACGCGAUCGAGGAAUACAAUGAAUGCUGUUUAUCUUUAUAGACAAAUUUACCAGGUGUGCCGAGUUGAUCCCAAUACGAAGUGCUACCGUCGAAUUACUCAUGGAGGUAUUACGGUAGAGGGUUCUAGGGCGCUUUGGAGGGGCUAGCGGUGUCACCACCGACACUGGUAGAUGUUUUCGCUAGUAUUUUGUUCUUAAAAAUUCAAUACGUAUAUUUUGGUUAAGGAGAGUUCCUUCCUACUGCACUUAGUUUUAGGUAGCUUCUUCUGUUCUUCACGUGUGUAAAAUGUGAUUUUAUGUUCUAAUAUUAGAUAAAAAUACAACGCUGUAGAAUGUCGGGUUGUGAAUCUGCCUCUGUGAUAAAUUAAUUGCGCUUUGUGUUGUUUGUUAGAUAGGGGAAUAUUUCUAAAGUUCGUAAAAGUAGUCAGAAAAUAAAAACCAGUUACUUGCAAAGCAAAAAAAAACAAAGUUUUUCAUCAAAAUUCACGCCGAUAAAAAACAGUUCAACUUCGUAAGGUUUUGUAUGGCAAUCAAAAGGUUUGCUUCUAUUUAAUAUCAAGUCCAAUUGAAGUACAACCGCGUGGAUCAAUUUGUCGAUCUUAAGCACACUACGCGUGUUUUCUAAAACGGAUAUUCACUUUAAAUCAGGGGAAAAAACGGGGAAAUAAUAAAUAUGAUCAGUGGGGAGACAAAAACAAUCCCAAAUUUAAAUUAAUUGCGCAAUUGCAAAGUUGAUUGCGUAAAAGUAGCAUCUAAAACUUAACGGGCCGUCAUAAAAUUAAUUUUAUACGCUUAAAAACAAAGGAAUGAGCUCUUUGAUCGGACCCAUAGAAGUUUUCAAAAAUUCGCAUUUUCUUUUUCUUUGGGAUAUACAUAUAUAAAAUAGAUCCCAGAUAUACAUGUACCCAAACAAUAUUAGAUCUUGCUAAAAAUGCAUAAGUUAUUUAUUUACAGGUCAAACAAAAAACUAUACACUAACGCAUUAGUGAAGUGCACAGAAUCCAUUACCCGUAUCGCUAGGAGAAAAAGAAGAAUUUCAAAGGGUAACAAAGCAUUUUGCAUAAUUACCUGAAGUAACAUAAUAAACUAAUAAGUGGAAGGUGAA